GAGAACGUGGGGAGCCGGGUCUUCCAGGUUUUGAUGGACUGCAAGGACCACCAGGAGCAGGAGGUCCAUUUGGCAUCAAAGGAAAACCAGGUCCCUUGGGAACAAUCGGCCUUCCAGGAUCACAAGGCUGCCAAGGACCUCCCGGAACAAAAGGCCCAAGAGGAGAUGCUGGUUCACCAGGUCCCGCCGGCAUGAAAGGGUUCCCAGGGCUUGAUGGCCUGCCAGGACGGCCUGGAGAACAAGGGUUGCCUGGACCUCCAGGUCUCUGGGGCCCAAAAGGAACUUCAGGUUUCCCAGGCUCAAAAGGGGAAAAGGGUUCCGUGGGCAUGAUCGGUUUUCCUGGGAUGCCGGGGCCACCUGGGCGCCCUGGCGUGGAUGGCCCGAAGGGAACUUUUGGUGCGCCAGGAAGAAACGGAAACCCCGGAUUCUCUGGCUUCCCUGGCUCCAAAGGGGACAGAGGUGUCCGUGGCCCUCCUGGACCUCCCAUUUUCAGACCCCCAGGCCUGGGCCUCAAACUCAAAGGGAACAGAGGAGAUCCUGGAUUGGUGGGACAGAGAGGAUUCCCAGGGCCGAGAGGGGACAAAGGAGCCCCCGGUGUCCGGGGGCAGCCUGGGCUUCCAGGGAGAGCUGGAUCACCAGCUAGAGAGAAAGGACCGCCAGGAGACCCAGGUUUUCCAGGGAUGUUUGGUUCUCCCGGGCUGUUGGGACAAAAGGGAUCUGGUGGCAUCUCAGGGUUUCCUGGAAUGCCUGGGAGAAGUGGUGCGGAAGGUAUACCUGGCUCUCCUGGCUCCCCAGGAAUUACCGGAUUGCGUGGUCCAAAAGGUGACCGAGGGGAAUCCCGAGGAAUUCCAGGUGGUGUGGGACCUAAGGGCCAACGAGGGGACCGAGGGUUUCAAGGUAUAGCAGGUAUCCAAGGAACAAGCGGUGACCCAGGAUAUCCAGGAGGUCUUGGACCAAAUGGGCAGAAAGGUCUACCAGGUGAUGCUGGACAAGAAGGACCACGAGGCUUUCCUGGAUCUGGUGGUUCUAGGGGCAACCCAGGUUUUCCAGGUAAUCCUGGGCAACGUGGGGCCCCAGGAUUUCCUGGAUCUCCUGGCACUGUAGGACCAAAAGGUUUCCCAGGAUUCCCAGGACUGAGCGGUCUAAAUGGCUUACCGGGCACCAAAGGCUCUCCCGGAAAACAAGGCCCGAGUGAAAAUGGACUGCCUGGAUCGGCAGGAAUUCCAGGUGUCAAAGGUCAACGAGGUGACCCAGGUUUCCAGGGUGGAACUCCUGGCUUUCGUGGAUCAAAAGGACCUGCAGGAGAAAUGGGUCUUCCUGGAAGCCCAGGUGUCCCUGGUGCGCGAGGCCCCCCUGGCAUCUCUGUGCCUUCAAGGAUUCCUGGGAAGCCUGGUGAUGCGGGACGUCCUGGAGAAGAUGGGCUGCCAGGCUUCCAAGGACCUCGUGGACCACCAGGACCACCAGGACCAGCCUUCAAUCAAGGUGAUCGAGGUAAUCCAGGCCGCCCUGGUCCUCCGGGCUUCCCAGGCCUCAAAGGCGAUGCAGGCAUCCCUGGACUUAACGGAAUCCCUGGUGCAUCAGGUUUCAAAGGAUUCAGAGGGGACCCAGGUUUCAUGGGAAUGCCUGGGAAAGAUGGACUGCCAGGUGAUCCAGGUUUCCCUGGGCCAAAAGGCAAAGCAGGCCCUCCAGGUUCUCCUGGGCUGCAAGGAGCUACAGGCAUAACCCAACCACCAGAAGAGAUCAAAGUUCCUCCUGGCUUAAUCGGAUUGCCUGGAAAUAAUGGCAACCCUGGUUUAAAUGGAGACCCUGGCUUCCAGGGGCAAACUGGACCACAAGGUCCAAAAGGAAAAGCAGGCAUACCUGGCCAGAUGGGAUUUAAUGGCUUACCAGGUCCACCUGGUGUGGUAGGAGACCCAGGUUCCCCAGGAACGCCAGGACUACCAGGGUUUGAAGGACGUCCUGGGAAUCCAGGCCUGGCUGGAUUGCCCGGGAUGCCAGGUCGUAGCAUUGGGGUUGGCUAUACCUUGGUGAAACAUAGCCAGUCGGACCAGAUCCCACCCUGUCCGGUGGGCAUGAACAAACUCUGGGACGGCUACAGUUUGCUGUAUGUGGAGGGCCAGGAGAAGUCCCACAAUCAAGACCUGGGUUUUGCUGGCUCCUGCCUGCCUCGCUUCAGCACUAUGCCUUUUAUUUAUUGCAACAUUGACGAAGUGUGCUACUACGCCAGCCGCAAUGACAAAUCCUACUGGCUUUCCACCACCGCUCCGAUACCCAUGAUGCCCGUCAGCAGCUACCAAAUCGCCCAGUACAUCAGUCGCUGCUCGGUGUGCGAAGCACCAUCCCAAGCCGUGGCUGUGCACAGCCAGGACAUCACCAUUCCGCAAUGUCCUGAAGGCUGGCGGAGUCUCUGGAUUGGCUACUCCUUCCUCAUGCACACGGCUGCCGAAGGCGGUGGCCAGUCCCUGGUCUCUCCCGGAUCCUGCCUGGAGGACUUCCGCGCCACGCCUUUCAUUGAGUGCAACGGUGCCCGGGGGACGUGCCAUUAUUUUUCCAACAAGUACAGCUUUUGGCUGACCACGGUGGAGGCGAACCAUCAGUUUGCUGAGUCUCCCGUCUCCGAAACGCUGAAGGCGGGUCAGCUCCGGACACGGGUGGGACGGUGCCAAGUCUGCAUGAAAAAUUUGUAGCGAAGGCCGGGACAUGAGACCUUAUUCUUCUAAGACCAAGAAAUCAGCAUUUGUGUCCCAGCUGGGCAAUUGCCAUCUUCCCAAAUCUUCCCCAGAGCCCUCUUGUCUCCAUCAAAAUAUGGUGCUAUCUUUCCCCCUUGUUUCUAUCUUCCUGGCUACCUCAAAGCCCUUUUCUGCCUUCUCAACUGCCACAUUCACUGAUUUUUCACAAGAUACACGGAUCUUGAGCAAAGAUUUCUUCUCAAGAUUAUGACUCUUAAGGUCUUUUCGCGUUAAGGAUUCGAGACUAUGUCAGGAAUUUCACAAAUGUUUUUGCCUGCAUGCACACACUUAUAAUCAUUAUAUUCAUCUUAAGUUAGCUGCUUAUUUUAAGGCCUAAAAAUAACUUAGUUGGCUGUCUAGAAGUGUUUCUGUUCUAUGAUCAAUGGUUAUGAUCAGAUUUGAAGGUUCAGGUUUGUGAAACAGUUAACAACAUUGAUCAAAGCUUGCCUAUUAAACAGUGAAGUGACAAUAAAAUAAAAGAAACUUGUUAGGAGAGGAAAAUAGUGGGAUUUUCAUCCAUAACACGAGGAACAGGCCUAUUAAAAGAAUGAUAAUGUGCAUCUUUUGAAGAUGAAGAAUUUUUAUGGGGAUGGUGCAAUUUGAUUUCACCUGCUUGAUUAUUCAGCCCAAGAAUGUUAAUCCAGCAUUGUUGCUACUCUGUGUGUAAGGUUUUCUUACAAAUGUUUCAGAACCUCUCAGCUUAUUUGUUAAUGUACCGCAAGUAGUAUUCUUUUGUGGCAUUCAGUGGUGCUAAUCACAGACCCUCUUGACAAUGACAAAUCUUGGCUCAGAUGCCAAAAUAUAACUUGAAUUUAUCUGAUGAGACCACUCCUUCCUUUCUGUGUUGGGACAUCUGAAUGCUUUCUGGGCUCAUGCAUCAGUUUCAUGAUGCAUCCAGACUGAGAAACUAGGUGGGUAGCAAACCAACUUCAAGUAACAGUUGUGAACAGUUAAUGUGUUCCACUCUGAUAACAAUCAUCCCUCGGCUUAGUCAUAGCUAUGGUUAAUUCACCAACAGAAGAAUUAUUCAGAAGUGGUGGAGUGAAAAGGAAAGAGAAGGGUAGAGAUCCAGCUCAUAGGAUCACCCAAAGAAGUUAGAGGCAGAAUUCACCCUAGUGGACCAGUAAGCAACUGAACAUAUUAAGAUGAUUUACUAAAGGAAACUAUGUUAAAAACUGCUCAGUAGAAAGGCUGAGGGGUACUUCCUGGGCGACCAUUCUGUUGGCUAAGAAUACUGAAGACAGGAAAGGCUUAAUUUCCAUCUUAUAAAUUAUUCUGGUAUUCUAGCUGGGAAGGAGUGGAUUAGUAAAUUAGCAUGUUUUCUAAUUUCUCUCAGAGCUUAACUCAAUGAUGCUUCUUUGUCCAUAACCGCACGGCUGAGCUGUGAUCUACUAUCUGUGUCUUUGCUCACCACCUUGAGUAGUGUCCGCCCUGCUUAACCCUUUGACUCCCUUGGUUCUACAUUAUAUUUGGUCCUUUCUUCUACAAGCUGUUUUUACAGCCUUAGUCCAUCUGUUUCCACUUGGUGAAUGGGCCAACAUAAUUAUUUUGAAGACUAUCUUCUUAAUUCCUUAACAGCCUACUGAUAUUCAGGUUAUACAAAUGUUCUUCAACUUUAUACAGCCCUGAGAUGCUGAUCCGCUAUUACAGAUGUUGGCACAGGACCUUUAUGUUUAUAUAGCAGACAUAUUACUCCAUUUGCAAUAGGUCUACAAGCUGGAGCAACAGUUACUAAUCUUUAACAAAAACAGUUUCAAAGAUCAUUACUUCAACUGUCUCUGUGCUCUAAUUGUACAUGAUAUGAGAAAAUUCAUGUUGCAUGUCCUGGAUUUCAUUUCCACAAUAUUUCUUUUUUUUUUUUUUUUGAGGUAGCUUUGAAAUUGCUGGUGCUUGAAAUAAUUAGUAUAGUUUUAAAUAAUUACUUUUAUGUAAAUGUAACACUGAGUAGGAGUUGGAUGAACUGACUCAUAUGCCAAUAUUAUGGUUUUCUUGAUUUUAUUUUUUACUAGUCUUGCAUUUUGUAAUGCACUGCUGAAAGUAUCUUCAGAGCACUGAUUAUAUUUUGACUCUUAUUUUUUUUUCUAAAAAGUAGUAAAACAACACGUCCACUUUGUGAGUUAUAUUCCACUGCCUCCUUACAAGAAGCUUUGUAACUCUCUCCAGGCACGUUCCUCAACCUGUGUAAGUUGUCAAGUAGAUUUAUAUUAAGUUUUGGUGACCAAAAUAGAAUUGAAGAGUUAGAAAGGAUCCAAAACUUCAUAUAGAUCAACUUUCUUCAAUGACCAAAAACACCCAUUAAAUUAUCCGCAAGAGUUUGUUGUCCAUCUUCUUAAAAACCUCCAGGACUUUUAGCUCUUGACCAAAGGAAAAGGCAAUUUUCACAGAGAUGAUGUUCAGAUUUAAAUAGACUUUGGAAGAAAGUUCUGAAUGCGUAAAACAGAAAUUGGGCUUAUGAGUGGAGUCCCAGUUCUACAUAAGGUCUAUAUUAAUCAAGCAAACACAGAAAAGGUUAUCAGUAAACCUGUCUCAACUUACAACAAUUUGGGGAACAAAAUUCUCAUAACCAUACUGUACUUUAAAAUUCCACUCCCCUUUUUAAAAAAAGGAUCAACUCUUUAAAAGCUCAUGAAUAGCUGUACUAAUGCUAUCUUCUGCCCACAAUUAUAUUAAUUUUUCCCAAAUAUACAGGCAAUGUUGACUCUUGGUGGCCAACUCUUGGCAGGUUCCAUAUUUGGAAAGUAGAGAUAGUCCUUGACUCAUGACCACAAUUGAGACUGGAUCUUCUGCUGCUAAGCAAUGCACACCUAACUUUAAGUCAUGUCCAAUUUUAUUGUCGCAAGCUGCUUGGGUAGAUGAUGAACGUGUGACCCCAAGGACACUGAAACCAUCACAAAUACGUGUUGGUUCCCAAGCACCUUAUUGCAUUCGUGACCGCAGGAACACUGCAGUGUUGGACGUGCCGGGACUGGUAAUAAAUUCCCCUUUUCAUUCAGCACCACUGUACCUUUGAACAGUGAUGAACUAAACAAACAGGUGUUGUGGUCAAACACCACUGCAUAUUACUAAGUCUGAAGAAUACAACAGUCUUCAACAUGAUCACAACAGGGACCAGAAUUUCAGUUGCUAAGGCAGUUAAGUUGUCCCUGAUUUUAUGGCUUUUAAGCAAAUCAUUGCAGUUGUUGAAUGAAUCCAGUUUGUCCUGUGACUUGUCAGAAGACACCUGGAAAGGUAGAGAUCCCAUGAUCCUGGGAUGCUGCAACCAUCAUAAAUACCAGGCAGUCCUCAACUUACAACAGUUCAUUUAGUGACCGCUCAAAGUUAUAAUGGCACUGAAAAAAAGUGACUUAUGACCAUUUU